AUGAUCUCCAUCACCGAGUGGCAGAAAAUCGGCGUGGGCAUCACCGGCUUUGGAGUCUUCUUCAUCCUCUUUGGGAUACUCCUGUACUUUGACUCUGUGCUCUUGGCUUUUGGAAACCUGCUGUUCCUGACUGGCCUCUCCCUCAUCAUCGGCCUGAGGAGAACGUUUUCUUUCUUCUUCCAACGGCACAAGCUCAAGGGGACCAGCUUCUUCCUGGGGGGUGUCGUCAUUGUGCUGCUGCGCUGGCCCCUGCUGGGCAUGCUCCUGGAGGCCUAUGGGUUCAUUAGCCUCUUCAAGGGCUUUUUCCCUGUCGUCUUUGGCUUCCUGGGCAGUGCGCUUAACAUCCCCUUCCUGAGCACGCUGUUCCAGAGGCUUCAAGGCUCCUCCGGCUCAAUGGUCUGA